AUAAUUCGCUGCCAUCACAUGCCCGUGCAGAUUUCAAUGAAUUUUGUAUGCGCUCUCUGGCUCUGGUGCGCCGAUCGUUGGAGUCAGCGGGUGUCGCGGAGAAGAAACGCAUCUUGGAUGAGCUCACCAGAUGAUGGAAUUUCUCCCGGAGACCGCAGCCUGUCUUCCUCCUCCCGCGAUUAGAUAAGAAGAGUAGAAGCAGAGACAAUCGGGCAGGGGAGGAUGUUCUGCGCGAAGCUGAAAGAGCUGAAGAUAUCUGGAGAGUGUCCGUUCUCCGGCAGCGCCAAAAACAACGAGCUCGGGGACUUUGAGGAGCGCUCACCUGCCGCCGCGGACGUGCUGCCGAUUUCUAAGGACGUGCACGGAGAGAUAGGCGAGGACCUGCCUCAGCAGAAGACGAGCAGAGCCAAAGUUAACCUGCACACACUUGGCGAAAGCAUCCGAAAAUUGGCAUGUCCCGAGUUCCGAAGGCUGCACACUGCCCUCCACCGAAUGAUGAAACUACCAGAUCAAACCAGUCCCAUAAUUUGUGGUACAGACCAUCACAGUUGCACUGAUGAUCCACAACAUUUGGUGGAAAUGAUGAACAUUUAUUCAACCAAAACAGCGAUCAAGAUGGAAGCAUUGAAAGUUGCUCUUGGCGAGGAGCUGUUCAACAUGUGCUAUGAGGAGGACGGACACAUUUUGACGGUGGUGGGGGGAGCUCUCCACGACUUCCUCAACAGCUUCAACGUCUUGUUGAAACAGAGCAGCGCGCCGCCCAACCCGGACAGAGACAGUUGUGUAAACCAACCUUCUGUGCUGUGCUUAGACAAGGAUGCAGGUCUGCUUACUGUCUAUUUCUUCAACCCCCACCCGACCACUGAGCUCUUCUUCCCUGGAGUCAUCAAAGCUGCUGCCCGCCUGCUGUAUCACACCACUGUGGAUGUGUUGAUGGACCCCGCCGGUGCUAAAGACAGCAUCUUGCAAUCCAGCCCACAGCCCAGGCUUCUGUACACAGUUGCGGUUAAGGAUGCUAAAAAUCUGAGUCCCAGUCCACUGCGGGCUAUCUCAGCUGGGACCCUUCCUACCUCUCUGUUCUCCACCAUCUUCCCUUUCCAUCUGAUCCUGGACCAGGACUUGGUACUGGUGCAAAUGGGACACGGGCUUAGGAAGAGACUGCUCAGGAAGGAUUCACUGAGGAGGUCCUCUACCUUCCAAGAACAAUUCUCUAUUGUGUAUCCCCAGAUCAAAUGUACCUUUCCAGGUAUUCUGACCAUGCUAAACACACAAUUUAUUAUUCGGAUCAAGCACGGAGUCUCUAUCGCAGAUAACACAGGCAAGCUCAUGGACCUCAAAGGUCAGAUGAUCUAUGUUCCAGAGUCCAACGUCAUCUUGUUCUUGGGCUCGCCCUGCGUGGACAAGCUGGAGGAGCUGACAGGCCGCGGCCUCUACCUGUCGGACAUCCCCAUCCACAACGCCCUGCGCGACGUAGUGCUGGUGGGUGAACAGGCCAAAGCCCAGGACGGUUUGAAGAAGCGCCUGGGGAAGGCCAAGGCCGCCUUGGAGCACGCUCACCGGGCUCUGGAGGAGGAGAAGAAGAAGACGGUGGACCUCCUCUUCUCCAUCUUCCCCGGCACCGUGGCGCAGCAGCUGUGGCAGGGCCAAACGGUGCAGGCCAAGAAGUUUCGCCAGGUCACAAUGCUCUUCUCUGACAUUGUGGGUUUCACGGCCGUUUGCUCGCGUUGUACGCCGAUGCAAGUGAUUACCAUGCUCAGUGAGUUGUACACCAUGUUCGACCACGAGUGUGGAGAGCUUGAUGUUUACAAGGUGGAGACCAUCGGUGAUGCAUACUGUGUAGCUGGUGGCCUACACAAGGAGAGCGAGACUCACGCUGUGCAAAUUGCACUCAUGGCCUUAAAGAUGAUGGAGCUUUCAGACGAAGUUAUGACACCUACUGGAGAACAAAUACAGAUGCGUAUUGGCCUCCACACUGGUUCUGUACUGGCUGGUGUGGUUGGGGUGAGGAUGCCUCGCUACUGUCUUUUUGGGAACAACGUCUCACUGGCCAACAAGUUUGAAUCCUGCAGCCUGCCGAGCAAAAUCAACAUCAGCCCAACGACCCACAGAUUGCUAAAGGAUCGGCCGGAGUUUGUCUUUGUCCCCAGGAGCAGACAGGACCUUCCGGCCAACUUCCCAGAAGACGUCCCUGGUGUUUGUUACUUUUUGGAGGCGCCCUUCAAAACCGACGCUGAGAGGAAGUCGAGCAGCUGCACAGCUCCAAACCGUUAAAUAUAACAAUAUGUAAACGUAUCCAGUGAACACAGUGCAAACUCCUUGUAUGUUUUGGUUGAGGUUGUUUAGAUAUUGAUGAUAUUGUCAAGCCUAUAAGUCUUACUCUUGCAGCUGCUUAAUUACAGACGUGUCAGUUUGCUGUCAAACAUGCGUCUUGUUUCUGUACAAUUAUCCAUUUGUACAGUUGUAGCACAGGGAACUACUCACUCCCUUCAUUCUUCUUCCAGAAACAGUGAUCUCUGAAAAUAGAUAUGAUGUAAAAAAGUGUCUUUAUUGGACUGAUUUGUCCACUUUCAAAUGUAAAAUGUACAUCAUGCUAAAUGUGGCCUAAGAGGGCAUACCAUUUUUCAUGACAAGUCAGUUGAUGCAUCUGGAUUGCUGUAAACAAUUAAAUAUGUUGUUUAAUAUAAUGAAGAAAUACCAUUUUGUAUGUCGAUCCUCAAA